ACCACAUUUCUUUUGUGGCAUCGGAUUUUCUAGAACAGUUUUGACUUAAAACUGACUACUAAUUACUACUAGUAUUAUUUGCUUCCUUUUAAAUCUAGCCUCAAAUUUUUUGCCUUGAGUGUAGGUCACAUCACCCACAUUUCUUGAAAGCUCUAUCGAAGCUUUGGGUAGUUUGGCUACUCCAUCAACAAAUCUCAUCUCCUCUCCGAUAGUCUACUAUUCUAGACACUGUUAAAUAGGCAGUGCAUGAUAAUUGGUAGCCGACGCAGCCAAAAGAAGGAAUAGUCUUUGUACGCUCAAAUUUAUUGCCGUCAAGGUCGUUGGCUUUCUGUUGUUAAAGGGUUUGUAUUUGCUUAUAUAGGAUAACAUUCACCUUUUCUUCCACUUGAAUUCAAGUCUUCACCUUAAAAAAGCAAAGAAACAGAAUUUCAAGUCUUCACUUGAGCUUUUCGGAGUUGUGGAUCGAACAACCACACUUUUCUUCAUGGGUUUAGAGGGCUGGAGAGUUUUUUCUGCUGCUACAAUUCUUGGCAUCCUCUUUUUCCAUGGCUUUUGUUUAUCUGAAAAAGCUCCAAACUACACUUUUGUGCAUGAAGCAACUUCAGCCCCAGAUGUUUCAUUCUACGACUACAUCAUUAUAGGCGGAGGCACCGCCGGCUGCCCCUUAGCCUCCACGCUUUCUCAAAAUUAUAGUGUCCUCCUACUCGAACGUGGCGGUUCACCAUAUGGCAAUCCCAACAUCACCAAUCUCAAUGCAUUUGGGGCACCCCUGUCCGACCUCUCUCCGUCCUCCCCUUCUCAGCGUUUCAUCUCAGAAGACGGUGUAAUCAACGCCCGUGCUCGCGUGCUAGGCGGUGGAAGCUGCCUAAAUGCGGGCUUCUACUCGCGUGCUUCCACCAGCUACGUGAGGGAUUUAGGCUGGGAUGGGAAGCUGGUGAACGAGUCAUACGAAUGGGUGGAGAAGAAGGUUGCAUUCGAACCCCCCGUGAAGCAGUGGCAGUCAGCUGUGAGGGAUGGCUUGAUUGAGUCUGGUGUGAGGCCUUACAACGGUUUUACCUAUGACCAUUUGUAUGGGACUAAGGUUGGCGGAACCAUUUUUGAUCAAAACGGUACUAGACAUACUGCUGCAGACCUACUUGAGUAUGCAAAUCCUAAAGGGCUCACCGUGCUAUUGCAUGCAACUGUCCACAAAAUCUUGUUCAGAACCAAAGGAAGAUCAAAGCCUUUAGCGCAUGGAGUGAUCUUCAGAGAUGCUGCAAGAAUCAAGCACAAAGCAUACCUUAAAGCAGGAGCCAGAAAUGAAGUGAUUGUCUCAGCAGGCGCACUUGGAAGCCCACAACUACUGAUGUUGAGCGGAAUAGGACCAGAAGAUCACCUGAGACACCACAACAUAACUGUGAUUUAUCAUCAGCCCUUUGUUGGCCUAGGCAUGUAUGAUAACCCCAUGAAUGCCAUCUACGUUCCAUCUCCUUCCCCUGUUGAGGUUUCCCUCAUCCAAGUUGUGGGUAUCACGCGCUUUGGAAGCUAUAUUGAGGCUGCCAGUGGUGAAAACUUUGCCGGUGGUUCAGCUAGCAGGGACUUCGGAAUGUUCUCUCCUAAGAUUGGUCAGCUCAGCACACUGCCACCAAAACAAAGAACCGCAGAAGCCUUAGCCAAAGCUAUCGAUGACAUGAGCAAACUUGAUGCAGUAGCUUUCAGCGGUGGAUUCAUCCUGGAAAAAACCAUGGGUCCUCUCUCAAAUGGCUACUUAAUGCUUCGGCAGAAGAACCCAAAUGCAAAUCCAUCAGUCACAUUCAACUAUUUCCAAGAACCGGAGGACUUACAACGAUGUGUUGAUGGCAUUAAGGUCAUCGAAAGCAUAAUUGAAUCAAAAUCUUUCUCCAAAUUUAGGUAUGAUGACUUGACCUUACAAGUCCUCCUCAACAUGACCGCGAAUUCUCCGGUGAACCUGUUGCCCAAACAUAGCAAUGCCUCAACUUCAUUGGAACAGUUCUGUAAAGAUACUGUUAUGACCAUUUGGCAUUACCAUGGAGGAUGUCAAGUUAAUAGAGUUGUUGAUGAAGAUUAUAAAGUUUUAGGGGUGGAUAACUUGCGAGUUAUCGAUGGCUCUACAUUUUAUGACUCUCCUGGAACAAAUCCUCAAGCCACUGUUAUGAUGCUGGGAAGAUAUAUGGGAGUAACGAUGCUAAACGAGAGACUUGCAAGUGAAAAGUCAAAUUGAUGAAAUUUCCUUAUUUUUUCCUUAGCCAUCAAUUUUUUUUUUGGUUUUCUUUACAUGCAUGUGGAAGUGAAAGUUGCUCUGAAAAAACAACAAUACAGCAUUUCUUUACAUAAAAAUCUAUGUAAAAUGACCUUUGGGAAGUGUUUGUAUGCCGUGUUCCUGCCUUUUCUACCGUUCUAUUCUAUCAAUCACACAGUUUAGCUUA